AUGAAGAAAACGAAGGUAAACCCAGAAGACGAGAUAACUCUUGGCAAAAUGACUCCAAAGCCAAGUCUACAAGAUGCUUAUCAGGGAAACUUUUUUGAUGUGUUUCGAGACUCCGACUACAAGGACUAUGUUUUAGUGGCUGGCGGUAUAAUUUUGAGUGCUUUAAAUGGAGCUUUAGUGCCAUUUAACAGUUUGAUCUUUGAAGGAAUUGCAAACGCCUUGAUGGAAGGAGAAGCACAAUAUCAGAAUGGUACUUUGAAUAUGCCUUGGUUCAGUUCAGAAAUCAAAUUCUUCUGUCUCCGGUACUUUUAUCUCGGUUUAGCACUAUUCCUUUGCUCUUAUUGUGCGAAUGCCUGUUUGUAUUCAUUAUGCGAACGACGCUUGCAUUGCAUUAGAAAGCAUUAUCUAAAGUCAGUUCUUCGACAAGAUGCUAAGUGGUUUGACGAGCACACCAUUGGAGGGCUCACUCAAAAAAUGAGUAGCGGAAUCGAGAGAAUAAAAGACGGAAUUGGAGACAAAAUUGGUGUGCUUGUUGGUGGAGUAGCUACUUUCAUUAGUGGAGUAUCAAUUGGGUUCUACAUGUGUUGGCAACUGACUCUUGUCAUGAUGAUUGCUGUCCCAUUACAACUUGGAUCGAUGUACUUGUCUGCAAAGCAUCUUAAUCGUGCUACGAAGAACGAAAUGUCCGCUUACUCGAAUGCCGGUGGAAUGGCUAAUGAAGUGAUUGCUGGUAUUAGAACUGUUAUGGCAUUCAAUGCGCAACCUUUUGAAAUCAAUAGAUAUUCACAUCAAUUAGGCGAGGCCAGAAGAAUGGGUAUACGAAAAGCUGUGAUUCUCGCUAUUUGCACUGCUUUUCCAUUGAUGCUUGUUUUCAUCUGUAUGGCAGUUGCAUUUUGGUAUGGAGCCACAUUAGCAGCAUCGGGUGCAGUGUCAUCAGGAGCAGUAUUUGCUGUUUUCUGGGCGGUUCUCAUCGGAACAAGACGCCUUGGAGAGGCAGCACCACAUAUGGGAGCAAUCACUGGAGCAAGACUUGCUAUUCAUGACAUCUUCAAAGUAAUUGAUCACGAACCAGAAAUCAAAUGUACCUCGAAUGAGGGAAAAAUACCGAAUAAGAUCCAAGGAAAACUGAAUUUUGAUGCAGUUGAAUUCACUUAUCCAACACGUCCAGAGCUCAAGAUUCUGAAAGGUGUCUCAUUUGAAGUGAACCCAGGAGAAACAGUUGCAUUGGUUGGACACUCAGGAUGUGGCAAAUCGACAAGUAUUGGUCUUUUGAUGAGAUUUUACAAUCAGUGUGCUGGAUCGAUCAAACUCGACGGAGUUCCAAUCCAAGAAUAUAAUAUUCGUUGGCUCCGUAGCACAAUCGGAAUUGUACAACAAGAACCAAUCAUUUUCGUGGCUACUGUAGCUGAAAACAUCAGAAUGGGAGAUGACUUGAUCACAGAUGAUGAUAUCGAGGAGGCGUGUAAAAUGGCAAAUGCUCAUGAAUUCAUUUGUAAACUUAGUGAUCGGUAUAACACUGUAAUUGGAGCUGGAGCUGUACAACUCUCCGGAGGCCAAAAACAACGUGUUGCAAUUGCAAGAGCUAUUGUUAGAAGACCACAAAUUCUUCUUCUGGAUGAAGCUACAAGUGCUUUGGAUACUGAAAGUGAACGAAUGGUGCAAGCGGCUCUAGACAAGGCAUCACAAGGAAGGACAACAUUGUGCAUUGCUCAUCGUUUGAGUACCAUUAGAAACGCAAGCAAGAUUUUAGUGUUUGACCAAGGAUUGAUUGCUGAGAGGGGUACUCAUGAUGAGUUGAUUGCUAAAGAAGACAGCAUCUACUCUAAUAUGGUCAGGGCACAAGAGAUCGAACGAGCUAAAGAAGAUACAACCUUAGAUGAUGAGGAAGAUGAGAAGGACCACCGACUAUUCCAUCGGGAUUCGGUGACUUCAGAUGAGGAGCGCGAGCAACAGCAGAGUCUGGCACGAGACUCGACUCGUCUCCGGCAAAGUAUGAUCAGUACAACCACACAAGUGCCGGAAUGGGAAAUUGAAAGUGCACGAGAAGAAAUGAUUGAAGAAGGUGCCAUGGAGGCAUCACUAGUGGAUAUCUUCAAAUAUUCAUCGCCAGAAAUGCGAAAUGUAGCAAUUGCCCUUGUUUUCACUUUCAUUCGUGGAUUGACAUGGCCAGCAUUUUCAAUUGUCUACGGACAGUUAUUCAGAAUUCUAUCAGCUGGUGGAGAUGAUGUUUCUAGCAAAGCACUUCUCAACUCACUAUGGUUUAUUCUUCUGGCAUUUACCUCCGGUAUCAGUACUCUUGUCUCUGGCGGACUUUUAGGAAAAGCUGGAGAAACCAUGUCUGGACGCCUCAGGAUGGAUGUUUUCAGAAAUAUCAUGCAACAAGAUGCCAGUUACUUUGAUGAUCCAAAACACAAUGUCGGUAGUUUGACAUCUCGCUUGGCUACCGAUGCUCCAAAUGUGCAAGCUGCAAUUGAUCAGCGUCUUGCUGAAGUGCUAACUGGCGUGGUUUCACUAUUUGCAGGAGUAGGCGUUGCGUUUUAUUACGGAUGGAAUAUGGCGCCAAUCGGAUUAGCAACUGCUCUCUUGCUGGUUGUUGUUCAAAGUGGAGUCGCUCAAUAUCUCAAAUUCAGAGGUCAGAAAGAUAUGGAUUCUGCUAUAGAAGCUAGUAGACUGGUUACUGAAUCUAUCUCGAACUGGAAGACAGUCCAAGCCCUGACAAAACAAGAAUACAUGUAUGAUUCCUUCACAGCUGCCUCCAAAUCACCACACAGAAGAGCCAUCGUUCGUGGUCUUUGGCAGUCACUUUCAUUCGCUUUGGCUGGAAGUUUUGUCAUGUGGAACUUUGCAAUUGCUUAUAUGUUUGGACUCUGGUUGAUCACAAAUGGAUGGAGUACGCCGUAUACUAUUUUCCAGGUUAUCGAAGCAUUGAACAUGGCAUCAAUGAGUGUGAUGCUAGCUGCUUCCUACUUCCCAGAAUACGUCAGAGCUAGAAUCUCAGCUGGUAUCAUGUUCACUAUGAUUCGCCAACGAUCCGUUAUUGACAACCGUGGAAUCACGGGUGAUACCCCACCGAUUCGUGGUAACAUCCUCUUGCGUGGAGUCUACUUUGCAUAUCCAAAUCGUCGCCGUCAAUUGGUACUUGAUGGGUUCAACAUGUCUGCCAACUUCGGUCAAACUGUUGCCCUUGUGGGACCAUCCGGAUGCGGGAAGAGUACAACCAUUCAACUCAUUGAACGAUACUAUGAUGCAUUGUGUGGAACAAUCAGAGUGGAUGACAGUGAUAUCCGUGAUAUAUCUGUGAAACAUCUCCGAGACAACAUAGCUCUUGUCGGGCAAGAACCAACACUUUUCAAUUUGUCGAUCAGGGAUAAUAUCACGUAUGGAUUGGAAAACAUCACUCAAGAUCAAAUUGAGAAAGCGGCUACACUGGCAAACAUUCAUACUUUUGUGAUGGGCCUGCCGGAAGGAUAUGAUACAUCUGUUGGACAAUCUGGUGGAAGACUUUCUGGUGGCCAGAAACAGAGAAUUGCCAUUGCAAGAGCUAUUGUCAGAGAUCCGAAAAUUCUACUUCUGGACGAGGCAACAUCCGCAUUAGACACAGAAAGUGAGAAGAUCGUUCAAGAAGCUCUUGAUAAAGCUAGACUUGGGAGAACUUGUAUUGUAAUUGCUCAUCGUCUUUCAACCAUUCAAAAUGCCGACAAAAUUAUUGUAUGCCGUAACGGAAAAGCUAUUGAAGAAGGAACCCAUCAGACUCUUCUAGCCAGACGUGGACUUUACUACAGAUUAGUUGAGAAGCAAUCGACGUAA